AUGCCAGCCACUUCCGCUCCAGCCAAAGUUCUCGUCUCCGGCAUCAACGGAUACGUCGGUGCCUGGGUCGCCGAGGCAUAUCUCGCCGAAGGUUUCACCGUCCGCGGAACUGUGCGCAGUAUUGCGCGCGCAGGACAACAUCUCCGCGAGACGUUCGCCAAGUACGGAGAUAAGUUUGAGCUGGUGGAGGUAACGGAUAUAAUCGCGCCUGGCGCUUUUGACGAGGCUGUCAAGGACAUUGAUGUAGUGGCGCAUACGGCUUCCCCGUUUCAUCUACACGCUGAGGAUCCGUCCGAGAUCAUCGACCCUGCUGUGAAGGGCACGCUGAGCAUUUUGCACUCCAUUCUCGAGCAUGGGACCGACGUCAAGCGCCUCGUUCUCACCUCCUCCAUCGUGUCCAUCUGGUCAUUGCACAUCGAUAAGCCGGCCAUCUUCACCGAAAAGGACUGGAACGAGCAGGCUAUCCAGAUCGUGAAUGAGAAGGGCAGGGAUGCAGACGCUGCGAGCAAGUAUGGGGCGAGCAAGACGCUGGCGGAGAAAGCAGCUUGGGCGUUCGUCGAGGAGCACAAGCCAGCAUGGGACCUCGCCGUGAUCAACCCGCCCUUGAUCUGGGGCCCACCGAUCCACGAGGUCCACGCCGCUGACACGCUGAACACCUCUCAGAAGGUGCUGUUUGACAUCCUCACCGGCGCCUGGCCAGAGGCAUACGACUCGACAGGCUACGCGGCCGUCGACGUUCGUGACAUCGCUCUUGCGCAUGUUCGUGCAGCGCAGCUCCCACAGGCCGGCGGCGAGCGGGUGCUCAUCAGCUCGUUCAACGGGUAUCCGCAGGACGUGCUUGACGUUGCCAACGCGAUACAGCCGCGCAUCUGGGAUGCAUUGCCUGCGGGUCCGAAGCCUGGAUCCACGAAGGACAAGGACAAGCUCAUAAACGUCGAUAUUGCGCAGUUUAGGCGCUUGUACGCGUUCGAACUGCGUUCGAUCGAGGAGACGUUGCGAGACUCGUUAGAGGACUUUAAGAAACGUGGUUGGAUUCAGUAG